GCAAGCUGCAGCGCAAAACCUCAUCAUCAAUCAGCGAUCAACGUAACAUUAUGGCUGAAGCGGAGCAAGCCUAUGCCAUCCAUAUCGAUGAUCCCAAGGGCAACAACAAUCUCGGUAUUACGGUGGGCAAGUGGGAGGUUGGUUUCUGCGCUUGCUUCACGCACUGUGUGCCCAACUGCCUCAUGGUCACGUGCUGCCCGUGCGUUUCGCUCGCCCAAAUCUCGGCGCGACUCGGCAUGAUGGAGUACUCGCUGGCGUUGGUGCUCUUCGUCUUGCUCUACGUUUUCACAGGAGGGAUUGGUGCCAUCGCCGGCGCGAUAUGGCUGUGGCAGGCGCGUACCAAGACCCGCGAGCGUUUCCAGAUCCCUGGAAGCUGCUGUGGAGACUAUUGCGCUGCCUUCUGCUGUGGAUGCUGUGCAAUGGCGCAGCUGGCGACGCACAUCAAGAGCUACAAACCCGGAAGCUGUGACUUCCUAUCCCAGGACACGCUACCAGCGUACAACCGCUCGUAAAGCGGGACCUUAUGUCGAGCUUAAAGAAGCUGCAAAUCUGGAGGUGAGCAUAGGGCGAAGAGGACUCCUUACUGUAUAUUGAAAUACGUCAAUGAUCAAUCCAUUUUUCCUCAUC